AGUAUGGGGAACAGCCUGACAAGCCCACUUCCUCAAAACACUGGGAACACCAUCAAACCUGACGAUCCUUACUCCGCUGGACAUUUAUUGUCCCAUGUACCUUUGAAACUUCAGUCGAGAUAAUAUUUAACCGCAAACCCACUGCAGUCCUAUAGUAAAGUGUUGCCAGCGAGUGUAGCCGCCUGGAUCGAUGGAGUUGUGAUUUGGACAGAUAUUGGUUACACACUUCACGGACGCGCAGAAACAAUGGUUUCCAUCGCCAAGGUGCUCCUCGGAGUCUUUGGGGUAGCAGUCGUCGUCAUCUUGAUAGCGGUACCUACGGCUGUACUUUUGAAAGAGGGGCAGGGGGGCAACAAGAACCAGAGAUCGUUCACCCUGGAGGAUGUCUUCAACAGUUCACUAAAGCCAAAGUCCUACAGCAUGAUGUGGAUCUCAGAUCAUGAGUAUCUGUAUAAGUCCCAGGGCUCAGUCUUCCUCAACGACGUGGUCACAGGGACUGUCAUAGAGUUCCUGAGCAAAGACAAGUUUUAUGAAAAAAAUGCUUAUGAAUACCAGCUGUCUGCUGACCACAAAUAUGUUGCAUUCAUGAGCAACCGUUCCAAGCUGUGGAGGCAUUCAUUUACAGGUUCAUAUUCUCUUUAUGACCGUGAAUUAGGCUCAUUUAUCACAAACUCUACCAUUCCUGAUGAAGUCCAGUACUUUUCCUGGGCUCCUGAAGGGAACAAACUGGCCUAUGUUUGGGAAAACGAUGUGUAUAUAAAGACAAACCCUAAGUCACCAUCACAGCAAGUCACUUUCAACGGCAUGGAAGGUCUGAUUUUGAAUGGGAUCCCGGACUGGGUGUAUGAGGAGGAGAUGUUCUCAUCCAAUCAGGCCCUGUGGUGGUCACCUGGAGGGAAGUACGUGGCCUACGCUGAGUUCAAUGACACUGAUGUCCACACCAUAGAGUACUCCUGGUACGGCGAGAACCAGUACCCCAGCACUGUUUCCAUUCCAUACCCAAAGCCAGGUACUCCCAACCCUGUUGUGAAACUGUUUGUUGUGGACACUGACAACACAAAAGAAAUUACUGAGGUUGUUGUUCCCCCUUCAUUCAGCUCGAGUGAGCACUACUUGGCCACUGUCACUUGGGUGACAGAUAAACGUCUUGCUGUCCAGUGGCUGAAAAGAGUACAAAACCACCUCAUUCUUCAGAUCUACAACUUUAGUGGAAACACAUGGGAUCCUGUCGAGCAUCUGGAGGUGAAAAGUUCCACCGGUUGGAUUGGACGGUUCUCUCCACCAGAACCAGUUUUUGCAGCAGACAAGAACAGCUAUUACCUGUUGAUGAGCGACGCCAAAGGGUACAAGCACAUCCAUCAUGUGGUCCGGGACACAGCUACACCAAUCACAUCUGGAGAAUGGGAAGUCACAGACAUCCUGAAAGUAACUGCAGAUAGUAUAUAUUAUUCAAGUAAUGAAGAGGGCGGUAGGCCAGGGGGAAGGAAUGUUUACAAGUGGACCAAACAAGAGACCAAGUGUCUGACUUGUGCAUUAAAUAAAGAAAACUGUCAGUACAACUCAGCCUACUUCAGCCACAAUGCCUCCUUCUACCGCAUGAGCUGCAGUGGUCCUGGCAUUCCUUUCUAUUCUCUCAUGGAUAACAGGAAUGAAAAAGUGAUAAGGGUUUUGGAGAACAAUACUGCAUUUAGCAGCCUGAUAGCUGACAUCCAAAUGCCCACCAUGCGUCGACGCUCCAUUAAAAUUGACGGAUACGAUCUCUGGUACCAGAUGUUUUUGCCUCCAGGCUUUGAUGAAUCCAAGAAGUACCCUUUGCUAAUAGAUGUGUACGCUGGUCCCUGCAGUCAGAAAGCCGAUUUUGUCUACAGGGUGAGCUGGUCCACCUACCUGGCCAGCACUGAGAAAAUCAUCGUCGCCAGCUUUGAUGGAAGAGGAAGCGGUUACCAAGGUGACAAGAUAAUGCAUGCAAUCUACAAACGUCUGGGAACCUAUGAGGUGGAAGAUCAGAUAACAGCUGCCAGGGAAUUCAUCAAAUUUGGCUACAUUGACAAAGACAGAGUUGCUAUUUGGGGCUGGUCUUAUGGUGGAUACGUAACAUCAAUGGCCUUGGGAUCUGGAAGUGGAGUUUUCAAAUGUGGAAUGGCGGUCGCUCCGGUCUCCAAAUGGGAAUAUUAUGAUUCCAUCUACACAGAGCGUUACAUGAUGGAGCCCUCAGAGAAUCCCUCUGCCUACACUAACUCAACGGUAACUGCCAGGGCCAACAAUUUCCAUUCAGUGCAGUAUCUUCUGGUUCAUGGAACAGCUGACGAUAAUGUACAUUUCCAGCAGGCAGCUGAGAUCUCUGAAGCUCUAGUGGAGAAGCAGGUGGACUUUGAGGCGAUGUGGUACACAGACAAGGAUCACGGGCUCGGCGGCUCGGCCUAUCAACACGUCUACACCCACAUGAGUCACUUCUUACAGAGGUGCUUUGCAUGAAGUCCACUGGAUCCCAAAAACCUCUUUUCAUUGUUUCAUGUGAAUAAAAAAUAUAAAUUUUGGGGAUCAAGACUUCAAAUGUAAAUGCAGGCUUGAUUACUAGUGGAAACGUAUUGAGUAAAAAGUGGGCUAAAACACGACAUUGGAGAUGGUAUUUUUACUUAUAACACAUCUACAUGUACAAUGUAAUGAAGUUUGUUUCAUGAAUUUAACUUUUAAAGAGGUUUUUACUUGACCUGGGCAAGGAAUCGAUAUAAUAAUGUGAUAGUUUAAAAUGUCGUAAAUGUACUUGGACAUGAAGAGUAUUUAUAGUUCAGAAACAUAAUGCUCCACAGUGAUUUUAUACAGUUUUACUAAAUUUAUGAAAGUUUUGACUGUAUUAUGUAAUAACUGUUUUGUAAAAUAAUAAAGGAAUAAAUAAUGAGAACCUC